ACUUAUACAAGCACUCAUAAUCCUUAUGACAACAAUAGUAAUGGAAACACUCAGCAUGCUUCUGUCUGGCUACUAUCGAAUAGUGAUCAUGAAGGCCAUGUACCUACUAAUAUGCUGGAAGUCAACUCAUCACCCACUGCAACCAAUACACUAACAACCACCUUGCAUGGAAAUGAUAGUAGUAGAGCUAGUCAUCAAUCUUCUAGGAAUAUCUCCGAGUUUACUGCUGUUACAGCAAACAAAGGACAGCUUCCAUAUAAGACAGAUACAAAAGAGCAAAGCCGAUAUAGUCAUGCUUCUGAAAAAAGCCGAGAGUAUCAAUUCCAUAGCGAUCAUCCUAUCACUUUAGACAGUAAUAGUGAUGAAAACCCGGAUGAUAUUCUUAUGUUCCCCAUAGAUGAUGCAUCCACUAACAAUACUUCCAAUAUUCCUUUUCAAUCUUCGUCAUCCUCGACUACGACUUCCUCAACCAGUUCUCAUACUUCCUCGUUACCUCCGCGCAUCUCGAACUAUCCUCAGAAAAUGAUAAGCACAGCGAGUUUCCAGACAUCGCUUGAAAACCGCCACAUUACUAUUGUAGAUCCUACAACAACAGUAACUGUGCAGCACUCCAACCAUCACGAGCUCAGUGUUACCGCAGUAACAGCUAUACCUACUGGUGAAAAGUUUUUACACUUAGAAGAAAUAGCCAUGGUCGAUUUGUUCCAACGGAAGACAGCACGCGUUGAUAUGCUUUUACUAUUGUUCGGCUUUUUGUUUUUCCCCUUGUGGUGGUAUGGCUCUUGGCGAUUUUUUAUGCAUACCGAAUAUAAACAAAAAACUGCAGCUAAACACUUACAAUUGAUAAACUGCUUCAUGAGCCUUGUAAGUCUUUUACUCUUGGGUUUAAUGAUCGGUUUAGUGACAGUCUGGGCUUGAUGGACGAUGGGAUUUGCAGACAUUUCCGACUCGUAAGACAAAAACUCCCACGAUAAUCUUUCCAAACAUGAUCCUGCCGUCAUCUAUUUUUAUUUCAUUUUUUGCUGGUGUAUCCCUCUUUCU